UACCAUCUCGUUCUCUCAACCUCGGCCAAAACCCUGUCUUCUUCUCGCUAUCCCGUGUUCUCAUUCUUCAUUUCUAGUGCAAUUCUUGUUCAACAAAACCUCACCCUCUUCACAUUAAUUCUAAAGCCACCUUAUAGAUAAUUCAGGUACCAAGGAGGAAGCAUUGAGUACUUUUGACUUUUGCAGCUUGUAAAUUCAUCUGGGUUUUGGAUUAUUUCUGAGAGAUUUCAAUGGCAGGUCUGGUUUUUCCCGGGAUUAUUUCACGCAGCUGUUAUAGAGUCCUCAGAGUUCACUAGGGCAGAAACAAAACCGCCGAAUAAUUCAAAAAAGAGAACCAAAAAGUUGGAAUCAGAAACUAUCGCUACCGCUAGGGCCUAUAAUUUGAGUAUAAACCCUCAAUUUCAGUAUCUUCUAUGGAUGAGAAGGCAUAAAGGUAUGGGAAUGAAGAGUGCUGGAGGAGGAGAGAUUGUCCAGGUUCAAGGAGGUCACAUUGUUCGAUCCACCGGUCGGAAAGAUCGUCACAGUAAGGUUUAUACUUCCAAAGGUCCUCGAGAUCGGAGGGUUCGUUUAUCGGCCCACACAGCGAUUCAAUUCUACGAUGUUCAGGACCGCCUCGGCUACGACCGGCCUAGCAAAGCCGUCGAUUGGCUCAUCAAGAAGGCCAAAUACGCCAUUGAUAAGCUCGCUGAGCUUCCUCCGUGGCAGCCUGCGGCCGCUAAUACGACGGAGGAAACUCACAAAGCGGAAGACCCUGAGAAUUCUGAAGCUCCUUCCGGGUUUCUCCCGACGGCGAUUGAUUCCGACGCAAUAGCUUUCUUCCCCACCAGUUCUGCAGCUUCCUCCAUCAAUUUCCAGAGCUACCCGUCGGAGAUGAUCUCCAGAACAACGAAUUCCGGGCAAGAUCUUGGCCUGUCUCUUCAUUCGUUCAAUCAAACGGCUUCGAACGACGAAAACCUGUUCGGUGGUUCGAACCCGGCCGAAUUCGAGUCGAAUUUUCAGAGGAUUUUCGAGCCUAAUUUGUUGAUGGGCCAAGGUUCGAUGUUUCCUCAAAGGGGGACCCUUCAGUCCAGUUUUUCGCCGCUGGUUCGCGCAUGGAGCGGCGUACCCGUGGCUUCUUCGGAGCAGCAUCAUCAAAAUCACAAGUCGCAACCUUCCAUCUUCGGCGGCCGCUUUCACUCCGACGGGCUGCCGGAAUUCUGCAUUCCGACGAGAAUUCAAGACCAGCAACAAGAACCGUCAUCCACUUCUCCUAAUUCUCACCACCACUGACCAAAAACUAUCCUGCGUGCUUCUACACUCAUCAGGAUACUAUUUUCUUCAAUUUUUCCAACAAGUAAUAGUGGGCACUGUUAGAGAUUUGAGCGAAGGUAAAAGAACAGGGAUUUUCUGUUGUGAAGUUUGUCAUAUUAAUUAAUCAUGUCAUGCAGGAGGAGCAUUUUGAAGCAGAUAUGCAACUUGUAAAGUUGGAUUGGAUUCACGUCGUCAUCUUAUUUUGAUUUGGUAUUAUUGUUCAUGCGUAUUGCAGGCAUUAUAGUUGAUGCCGUUUAAUAUGAAGUGGGUCUCUUUGAAUUUAUAUACACUAUAUGACACUUUGUUUAAUUACUUGAUGGGUUUGAGAUGAAUUCGAACAUCCUAGUUCUAACUCAAGCAAUACAUUAAGAAUAAGUGUGUGUUUGGAA